GCACUACAGCUGGAACUGAAACAGCUUCCUCUGAGGAUCCUUCCUGCUGCGUUUCUCUGCUUCCUGUCUACAAAUGUUGGGAGACAAGAUGGAUAACAAGAGGACAGCCCUGUUAUACUCAGGUGUCUGAACACGGCUGAUUUUUAAGCUAAACAUCAGGUUUUCGCCAUGGAAACUAACUUCGAAGAACAUGAAGGCUUCCUGGAUGAUGAUGAAGCAGAUAUUUUAUUUGAGAACUGUGAACAGCUCAUUUCAGAAUAUGUACAAAAUAACAUUUUAUCCAACAACACCAAACUGUUCUCUAUAUUGGCACUAUUGAAUGCAUAUGUUCCUGACUCUUACCUGUGCAUGGAGGAGUGUCAACGGAUCCUAGGACCACCUGACCCAAUUGAUGGAGGCCCCCCAUUUGAAGAAAGAAUGGCUCCUUUUAUUAACCUACUCAGUCCAAGUCCUGAACAAGUAUGUUUGAUUCACCAGGUGAUUGCAAAGCGAUCUGUGGAGCUGCUGGCUGGGUUGGGCAUGUCCAGAAGUGUCAUGGUCAUGAAAUGCAUGGAGUGUCUUUGUAGAGGUAUUAACUCUGAGUCAUGUGUAAUCCAGUUCAUCAAGGAUUUGUUGACAAAGAGAGAAAUGGGUGAGAACUGGAAAGAAAAGUUCUCAAGGCUAAUUACAGACAUAUUAGUUGAAGAACAUUUUUAUCAAGCUGUACAAGUCUUGAGUUUGGCAUCAUUUAAAUUUAGACAAAUGCACAUUUUCCCCCAAACUGUUGCUCGUCUGUGUUAUGUAGGAAGAUACCCCCCUGAUUAUAAAAAAGCAGAACAAUGGGCAAAGAAAGCCAUCAGAAGAGCUCAAAACAACUCCUAUGUUGCUGAUACUCUUGGACAGUUGUAUAAGAACCUUUUAAGAAAGACAAGGCAACAGAGAAAUUUUGUAGAAAUGGCUAGAAAAGCUUUCAGAGCAUUUAAAGAUGUGGAGGAGAAAGCUGAGAAUGAAGAAGGACCAGAGAUGAAUGAAAUUGCUGGAACUGUGAACAUCUCUUCUUUCUUCAACAACAGAGGCCUUUUUGGUUUCAUUCAAGUUGCAAAGACAGUCACUGACAAACUCGGAAAGACCGGCGCCACAACUUAUUUUCCACAUCUAGGAGAAGAAGUCAAAAAGAAGUUUGAGUUUUUUGAAUGGUAUUUGUGCUACUCCAAGCCUGACAUGACAACCGUGGAGCCAGAUUACUUCUGGAAGGAUGUUGCUCUUUGCUAUGAAUGCUACACAGAAAGAACAGCGGCUGACUCCACAAGCUUUGCGGGUCUUCUCGAUUGUCUGAAUCACAGCCUUUUCACAUCGAAGGAAAAGCGUGCUGGGUUUAACGAGACUGAGAAAACAAAGUCCACCUUGGAGACAGUCCGAGAUCUUCUGAAAGCUGCCUAUGAGGAAAAUGCUGAUGACGUUAAAAUGGCGGAGAGGUACAUCCUCUCCAACAUCAUCUUAAACAACAAGAUGCCCAAUUCUCCCCAGCACAGCCUGGUGAGAGAACUUCAGACGAUCAUUCACUGCUUCCUGCACAGUGAGGUGUCACAUCAAAGUCCUGAGUUCUACCUUUUACUUCUGCUGCUGUUUUGGCCAGAGGAACAGCUCCAGGUGCAACAAAAGGACGAGGAAGAGUUGAAACAAGAGACUUCAGAGGAUGAUGAGCUUCAAGACAGAACUUGGGACGAUGAGGAUGUUGAUGAGAAUAAUGACACGGAAAGAGAAUCUGCAGAAGUUUCUCCUGACCACACGUUUGACCCUGACCCUCAACAAUAUGUCACUUUCAUGGAAGGAGCAUUUGAGAGACGUGGCUAUGCCAAAUACUUCAGAGGACGUUACCUGCUGCCACUGUUCUUUCUGGGAAAGGACUCAGGACUGAGCAGAUGGAUUCACAAGUCAAGGCUGGACGCAAUUGUGGAAAGAAAAGUAGAUGCUGAGCUUGUUAACGUACAAAAUAAAACACAAAAGAAGAAGAAGAGGAUCAAUGAUUUGUGGUUCAGUGGGAAGGUGUGGCAUGUUCCAGAAAUCAAAGAUAUCCUCUUCCCUGUCUCAGUAGAGCCAUGCAAGCCCUCUGCAACAGAUAAAGACGAGGAAAUGUUUGUUUGUGCAGGAGGGAAGAAAAUAAAGGCUCGGACAGCGAGUGAAGCAGAUGGUCCAUCACAAAGCCCCAUGCUGUUUUAUCUCGCCUUCAACAUCCGGGGUCCGGUCAUCUUCAAAGUAGGAGCCUCUGGAGAAGACAGUGACUGUUAGUGAAGACUUAAAGACUGCGAGGAUUACACGCUUUUAAACAGCAAUACAAUGUGCUGGACAGAAAGUAAAAUGUCUUCAUGCAAAAGUAAAAAAAAUCCUCAAACCUCCAGAGAAACUAUGUUCCUUUUUUUGGAAAAAUAAAAGGUUUGUGACCAGAUAAGAAGUUAAAUAUGUUUUAAAUGCAGGAAGUUAUUCUUGAUUAUUGGAUUUUGUGAAGGUUUAGAUGUUUGGAUAUUUUUAUUAAACAACAUUAUCCUAAUCAUUACCGUGAAGUGGUGAAAACUGUUAAUGAACGAUGAUUAAUAUGAUGCGUUUUUCUGAAACUUGUUGCAACAAUAAAGAGCGCACGUAAAAUAUAAAGAUUUAAGGUUGAAUUUACAUUUAUGUUUUGGGCUGCAUUUCAGUUAAAUUUUUUUUAUAUUAUUUAAUAUUUUUGUGUUUUUUUCU